AAGAAAAAAAAAAAAAAAAAAAACACCAAAAAACCCCCCAAAUUACAACAAUGGCACUCUGCUUCCAAAUCCCCCCUUAUUUAAUCAAACCCCAAUUCUCACCAAAACCCUACAAUCCCCAAUUCACCCACAGAAACCCCUCCAAUUUCCCCGCAAUUUGCUGCAAUCAGACCGAAGGAAAUGACAAUCCGGCGGCAAACGCAACGGAGAAGCAGCAAAAGAAAAUUUCCGAACAAUCUUCGUGGGAAUCGAAGGAUUCCGAGGGCAAAGAUUACCUGUACAGGCUCGGCGCAGAGGCCGACAACAUGAAUAUCGCCGUCGGAGCUAGGGCUGGCGUAAUCGAUGACCUAUUCACCGGCAAUUUCCUCGGCAAAGACGCGGAUAUUGUGUUCGAUUAUCGGCAGAAGGCGACGAGGACUUUCGAGUAUCUUCAAGGCGAUUAUUACAUUGCGCCGCUUUUCCUGGAUAAAGUGGUUUGCCACAUUGUGAAGAACUACAUUGCGCAUCAUCUCAACGUCAAAGUUCCGUUAAUUUUAGGAGUUUGGGGUGGAAAAGGGCAAGGCAAAACUUUUCAAACUGAACUUAUUUUCCAGGCAAUGGGAGUCGAACCAAUUAUUAUGUCAGCUGGUGAAUUGGAAUCCGAAAGAGCUGGAGAACCAGGAAAACUGAUACGUGAACGGUACAGAACUGCUUCUCAAGUGGUUCAGAACCAAGGAAAAAUGAGCUGUUUGGUGGUCAAUGAUAUUGACGCAGGACUCGGUCGAUUUGGUAACACUCAAAUGACGGUGAACAACCAAAUAGUGGUGGGUACGCUAAUGAAUUUAGCGGACAAUCCGACAAGAGUAAGUACAGGGCAAGUUUGGAGAGAAACGGACAUUACGAAUAGGAUUCCGAUUAUCGUCACAGGAAAUGAUUUUACGACAAUCUAUGCUCCGUUGGUUCGUGACGGAAGGAUGGAUAAAUUCUACUGGCAGCCCACCCAAGAAGACAUUGUAAACAUUGUCCAAAGAAUGUACGAAAAAGACGGCAUCACAAAAGACGAGGUUGUUACCAUCGUGCGCAAAUUUCCUAAUCAAGCAUUGGACUUUUACGGUGCUCUAAGGUCAAGAACAUACGACCGUUCAAUCCUAAAGUGGGUGAACGAUGCUGGAGGUGCCGAUAAUCUCGGUGGCAGACUUUUGAAACAGCAAAAGGAUGGAAAACUUCCAGUGUUUACUCCUCCAACGCAAACUGUGGAUGCUUUACUUGAAGCCGGAUACGAUCUAAUCAGAGAGCAAAACCUGAUCAUGGAAAAUAAGCUUUCCAAGGAAUACAUGAAAAACAUGGAGGAUUAAUUAGUGUUGAUUAUUGAUGCAUUUGGUGGAGUAAUGCCAUUCACAAAAUCUAUAAGAGGAUAAUUAAAUUGGAUUUUGGUAGUUUACUUGUCUUUAUGCAGACAUCUGAUAUUCAAACCAUGUGGGUCCCAAUUCCCAUACAUUGUGGUUCAAAUUUCAUUUAAUUUCUUCAUGUAAUAAGUAUCUAUACGGUAGGAGCGUGUGCGGGUCAUAAACUCGCGAGCUCUAGUAAAUUCUACCGUCGUCUCGUCAAACAAUGGUUCUUGGUUUGAAGGAAUCAAAUUUGUGAGUUUUUAACAUGUUUAUGAUGGGCGUA